GGUUUGGAUCUAGCUGGCCAGAGGGAUUGUGUGUGUUAGGUGUUGGUUUUCCUAUCAAACUGCCCUGGACUGGAAUGAACCUGCAGGCCCUUUAUCUGCAUAAUAUUUCCUUCUACUGGAGGGACUCGAAGGACUGGUUCUUGGGGGAGUGAGGCUCUCCUUCUGGGAGAGGGAAUUUUCCAGCAGUAGUUUUGGAGUGGAAACACACACAGAAACAGGGGGGCUGGACACUGGCUUUAUCAGAAGAGACACUAGAACUCCACCGUGCUGUUUACUAGCCCAGACCGCUGAUCCACUGGGAUUUCAGGAAGGUGGUCCGUAUAUGCAGAGCUUUCAUUUGCAUAUUUUUAAUGAGUCAUUAUAAUUCUAUACACACCCUACACAGUCCAACACUUCAAGAAUUGUAUUAACCUAAGCAUCAUAUAUUAUAAAUCGUAUAUAUAAAAAUAUUAUCAAAGCACUCAGCAUUGUGCAAGGUGUACACUCCAUGCCAGCAGUGGGUAGAAAGGGCUGUUCCCUGUUUCACACACUGACCUGUAUUGCGCUGCUGAAACCUGUUUGACAAGUCGGGCCCGGACCAGGCAUGUCACAAACACAUAUCUCUACAGAUAUAUAUGACUCUGAAACACUUCCCGCUCCAAGGAAAUGACAUCAUAAGGAAGUUACGCUCAAUCUGCGCACCAAACAUUACUCUGUACGGGCUGUAAGGCGUGGCUGUGAGCCGAAGGUGGAGGGGGAGGUGCUUUAGCUACAGGUGACAGGGAACAGAGAACUGAGCUCUGAGCUUUCUUUACCCACCACACCAGGACAGGCACGGCAGAGGUUGAAGAAGGCCAUCUGAACCAUGUUCUCCUCACCCAUUCUAUACAAGAACCAGAAAUACUCUCAGCUGAAGCAGGAAUGUAAGGAAGCCAAGAAGCUCUUUGAAGAUCCUGAGUUUCCAGCCACCAACAAAUCUCUGUUCUACAGGAAGCCUCCUCCAGGCACUGUAAAAUGGAAGAGGCCAAAGGAAAUCUGUGAUGACCCUCACCUGUUUGUGGAAGGAAUCAGCUCCCAUGACCUGAACCAGGGUACCCUGGGUAACUGCUGGUUUGUGGCAGCAUGCUCCUGUCUGGCACUCAAACCUGAGCACUGGCAGAAGGUAAUUCCAGACUGGAAGGAACAGGAGUGGGAUGCCAAACACCCUGAAAACUAUGCUGGAAUCUUCCACUUCCGGUUCUGGAUAUUCGGGGAAUGGCUGGAUGUGGUGGUGGAUGACCGCCUGCCCACCAUCAACGGGGAACUGACCUACUGCCACUCCAAGCUGAAAAAUGAGUUCUGGAGUGCCCUGUUAGAGAAGGCUUAUGCAAAACUGUCUGGAUGCUACGAAUCCCUGGACGGGGGCAACUGUGGAGAUGCAGUGGUGGACUUCACUGGGGCAGUGACUGAGUCCAUCGACCUGGUGCAAGGGAAGUAUGCCACUGACCUGUCUGAGCAGCUGAAGCUGUUUGAGGACCUGCUGAAAGUCUAUGAGAGAGGAGGCAUCAUCAGCUGCUCCAUCAAGGCCUCUCCUCAGGAGAUCGAAGCUCGCAUGGCCUGCGGCCUGGUCAAGGGCCACGCCUACUCUGUGACUGCGGUCAGGAAGGCCCGGCUGGGCCACGGACUCAUGGCCUACUUCAAAUCUGAGAAGGUCUUCCUGAUCCGCAUGAGGAAUCCCUGGGGAAAGAUAGAGUGGAAAGGGGCAUGGAGCGACAGUUCAGAGCAAUGGCAGAAAGUAGGUGAUAUGGAGAGAAAGGCCAUGGAAAUCACAGUGGAAGAUGACGGCGAGUUCUGGAUGGCGUUUGAUGACUGGUGCACCUACUUCACGGAUGUGGAUGUGUGCCGCAUCAUCAACACCUCCAUGCUGAGCCUGGAGAAGACCUGGCAUGAGGCCGUCCACUUCAGCAGCUGGACCAAAAACUCGGAUCCCCUACGCAACCGCUGCGGGGGCUGCCUGAACCACCGCCCGACUUUCCUGCAAAACCCACAGUAUGUGUUUGACGUGACAAAGGAGCUGGACGAAGUUCUCAUUUCCUUGCAGCAGCGAGACAUGAAGAUCCACAGAUCCAUAGGCCAGGGGGAAAAUCUCUCAAUGGGCUUUGUUAUCUUUGAGGUAGAGCUGAACAGAAAGUAUCGGAUGCAUGAUAUACUGACCCAAGACAAUGUGGCCACAUCCACGUACAUCAAUGCACGUACGGUUUUCAUGAGGAAAGUUCUUCGCAAAGGCCGCUACAUCAUCAUCCCGUCCACAUUUUUGCCGCAAACGCUGGGAGACUUCAUGCUCAGGAUCUACACGGAUGUGGAUUCAGACUGCAGAGAGCUAAUUGAGGACAAGCCGAAAGUAAAGUGCUGGAGUAGUUUUUUGGGGUACCCCCAGGCCCUCACACAGAUCUACAUCCAUGAGGCUGAGGGGCUGCAGAACCAGGACAGCCCAGGGGGAGCAGAUCCCUAUGUGAUCAUAUACUGUGAGGGGAAGUCGGUCCGAUCCACAGUCCAGAAGGACACCCUGGAGCCCAAGUUCAGCACCAGAGCCAUCUUCUACAGAAAGAGCCCCAGGAAGCCCAUCACUGUCCAGGUGUGGAACAGCAAUGUGGCGCAGGAUCAGUUCCUGGGGCAGGUGGUCCUGGCUGCCUCCCCCAAAGACCCCACGGAUCCUCAGAAGCUGCAGCUACGCAAGAGGGGCCGUCAGAUGGCCGACGAGGUGCUCGGGACCAUCAGCCUGAGAGUGAUCACCAGCAGCCAGCUCACGGCCAUGUGAGCCGGCAUGAAACUGAGCCUCGCCCCGUCCUGCCUAACCCCACGCACCCUUGUUAGCCGUUGUUAUCAAUCCUUGUUGAGAGCUGGUGGAAAUGUUGCUUAACCCCCAUGCAGCAUCUGCAAGCUCCUCCUUUGGCAGCUUUCCUGAGGGAAACACUGCAUUGUUUGCUACUGUGCUGCAUGGUGCCGUUGGCUUGUUAUUUCAGUGAUCCGGCUCUAUUGGGUUUGGGCUUAAAAUCUGACGGGCUGGUUCGGGCCGGGCCGGGCCGGGUCGGGUCGGGUCGGGUUGGGCCGUAAGCACAUCAGGCUCAGUCAGGCUCAGGCCUCAUUUAUAGCCAAAUACAGAUUUAAGCCCAUGUGUUCUACAUACUACAAAAACCCAUGUGUUCUACAUACUACAAAAACCCAUGUGUUCUAAAUACUACAAAAAACCCAUGUGUUCUAAAUACUACAAAAAUAGGAAUAAUUAUGGACCGCAGCAGACCAGGAGAUUUUAGGGACCGCAAUUAAAAUGGAUCCAGCAGAAGUAAUUUACUGAUGCUUAAUUCUCCUUCUGAGGAAACCCAAUUCAUGACAGUCUAUGAAAACCGGUGAAAAUCCAGUGUUUUUUAACACAGACAAGGGGUUGAAAAUGUUAUUUGAUAUUGUGCACAGAGUUAUUCAAGACAUUUUUCAACAUUUACAGCCCAUUUAGUCCACUUAUUUUACUGUACUAAAUAUACACAUUAGUACCCAUAUUUUAUAUUACUGAAAGACAUCAUAUCACCAAAAUAUUCUAAUGUAAAUAAAAU